AUGGUAUCGCCGACACCGGAGGAGCAGAGUCAAUGGCCGACACCGAAUUACUCAGACCCCGUCAAUCUUCAUGCUAUGGUGCUUGGCUUCACAGUCCCAUCCCUCAUACUAUCCAUCGCCUGGAUACGCUUCUACGGAAAAGGGCUCCUGAGACAAAUACUGGGGUUGGAUGAUUACAUCAUGCUUGCAGCAAUGGUAUUUGCCUUGCCGGUAACAAUAUUUCCCAUGGUGGGGCUCAACUUUGGGCUGGGCUUGCACAUCUGGGACUUGAAGUCAGAAUGGCAUACACCGUACUGGAAGAUGGUUUAUACAGCCGACCUACUCUUCCCCAUGGCGUGUUCACUCACCAAAAUCUCCUUGUGUUUAACAUAUCUGAAUCUCUUUCCCGGACCUUCGACCAAGAUUUUCUGUUAUACUAUGAGUACCUUUGUGUCUUGCUAUACUGUUGCAUGUAUCUUCAUGUCACUCUUUCAAUGUUCGCCCAUUGCAUCCUUCUGGGAUUCGAGCGUCGAGCCAAAAUGCAUCGACAUGCGCAUCGCUUUGGAAGUCAUUGCUGCACUGAACAGCUUCAGUGACUGUGUAGUGUAUCUGUGGCCCGCAAAACCCCUGUGGAGCCUCCAACUACCCCUCCGCCAACGUAUCGGUCUAAUAUGUCUCUUCGGUAUCGGCCUUCUUGUCUGCGUCACCGGCAUCUUACGAAUGUACUAUCUCAAGGUCUUCUUCGAGUCCUACGACAUGCUCUGGCAUGGAACAGCAGUCUGGAUAGUAAUGGUCCUCGAGCUCGACAUCGGCAUCAUCUGCGGCUGCCUCUCUGGCGUCAAACCCGUCAUGAGCGUCCUCUUCCCCGCCCUAUUCGGCUCCUCACAACACUCACAAGUUGGCGAGGGAACACGCAUCACCGCCUACGGCCGCCCCAACACACACCAAUCCUUCAUGUUCAAAGCCCUCUCUGAAGUAUCGUCCAAACAAGAGUGCGAUAGAGAAGAAUGGGAUGAGUGA